AAUAAAACAUGUUCAGGGAAAGAACAUUCCUUUUCGACGCCAUGGCUCGCCAUCGAGUUGGUCAAUCACGUCCUGGCUUCAAGGUUGUCUUAUUUGGUGUUGCAAGUGUCGUGCUGUGCUUCUUGCACCUGCCCAUCAGCUCACGUCAAGCUCUAGCAAUACCGGGCUCAGGCAGAGAAGACAUCCGAACACAACUCUACGAAUUGACAGUGAAAAAGCUGAAGAAUAAACUGCGCAAGCAGGGUUUGAAGGUGACAGGGCGAAAAAACGAGCUUGUGGAGCGGCCGAUGAAAGAGAUGCCAGUGAAGCGCAGAAUUCCCAAAGCAGAGGAUCCCGCCGUCUUCACCACCGACGUGUUCAUCCCCUUGGAUGAAACCAUUCGCAAGCUGGAUGUUUUGUUGCAAGAUGAGAGGGUGGUCUUUCUACGUGCUGGUGUGGCAAGCGGCAAGUCUACAUUGGCGCAGCAUUUGUGUACCACACAGCCGUCCAAGUAUUUUGGAGUCCAUGCCCCACUUGCAAAGGAUGCAACCAUUUUUGAGAUGUGGGAGAGAAAGAUGAGGGCAGCUGUUUGGGGACAAAACUCGAAUGUGAAAGACAAAGACUUGCAAGAUAUGAUAAGAUUGAUCUAUGACAAUGACCAAGUCCUGGUUUUCGAUGAAUGCCACUUGCUCAGUGCUUGCCCCGAGUUCCACGAGCAGUUCCUGAAAAAGCCCUCGUAUCUGAAAAGGCGUCCAAUGGUUCUUAUCUGCAGCGUCUGAAGGAACAGAUCAGCAAGGACGGACCUACUUAACACCAGCGGCAGUUACUGCAAAGUACAUGUGGACUCCCCCAAUCCCACAUGCCAAUGAACUUGUUGAUCAACUUGCUGAGGCUGAUGUCUAUUUGUCCCAGGAUGCGGUUGCUUUCUUCAUGGACUUUUGUGCUGGACACAGAAGUCUAUUCAUAAGAAGCAUGGAAUGGGUGCAGCAGAAGCAAAGCGGGGACAGCACUCGCUGGGAUUUGACUCGCGCACAAGGCGAAGUCAGUCAGGCAUGGGACACAGACAAUUGGACAGAAACCCCAGAUGACAGCUUGAUGGGGAAGCUUCAGACUGUUCGCGCCAUUCGUGUCAACGGAGCUUUUUCAGACCCGCAGAGCAUACCGCAACAAUUUGUGGACAUCUUGUGCGAGGGUCCAACUGCUGGUAUGGACGCGAAUCUCCGGCGCAAGCUCACUUUAGUUGGUUUCACGCUUCCUGUUGUGCCAGCGACUGACAGAAUUCCAGAGGAGUUUACGCCAUUGGAUUGGGCAAAGCUCGGGACAAAAUAUGGCGUCGCCAAUUACAUGAUGGCUUCCUACUAUCGCCAAGCGCUUGCGAAGAAGCGGCAGCUGACAGUGGAUGUGGACAGAAGCCCAACUUCUUGCACAGAUUUGCUCUUGCGAGCGCUGCCAUACUUGCUUUUUGCAGAUGUGGUGGCCAUCCAAGGGGACAAGUUCGGAAUUCGUUCUGAUGUUUCGCAAGAAGAGCUCCCAUUUGAGGUUCACUACACCCAUGCCGCAGUUCGGGAGUUGAAGCGCUUGGUUGGCAAUACAAAUAGUUUGGAGAGCACAACUAAGGGGAAGGUUGACAUCUAUACUACGUUGGAGGACGGUUCAACUUUCGCCAUUGAAGCGGUCAUGUCUUCUCGGGGAGCAACCAGCAUUGCUAAGCAUCGAGAUCGCUUUGAAAGCGCGUCGAUGACAAACUAUGCACAUGCACAGUACAAGUGCUUGCUGAUCAUUGGCAAAUGUGGAGACAUGAGAGAGAUUGUGGGAAAAGUGCGGGACGGUAUAGAAGUGGUCGGACUUGCGCCCAAUCCAUCGCACACCGGCUACUAUGUCUACGUCAAGCGGCAAGGUGAGAAAGUUGUUGACUUCCACAUCCCAUGCGAUGGAGUUGCAAGAGGGUUCUCCUGGAAGGAUGAAGAACCAUUCUUUGAGAUCAGUUCUGCCCAGAAAUUCAAGUACAUUGAGCCAGGCUGGAUUUUUUUGAACAUUCAAACUCAGCAUUGUUUUUUGGCUUCGAAAGAUGUCAGAACGUGGAGUGCGAAACUCGACCAGUUUUCCGGGCCAGUGGAAAGCAACAAACGCACUUCUCACGUUGCGCGCUCAGAUUGCCGCCUGCAAGGCAGUGCCGCCCCGCAACGACCCCCAGCAGUGUGGGUCUGUCAGCUGGGAAGCCCUGCCUGGACCUUACCAGCAGCUGUGAGCAGUUUUGCCUGCCCUGCAUUCACGUUCUGAAAACAGCUGUCGACUUCCUUCUCAGAAGAGCUCUCAAAUUGUCGCCUAGCUCCAAAAUCAAAGGCGUUUGUGGAGCCACCGGUAAAACGGAUGGAUGUGAACUGGAUUGCAGUGCUUGUGCCUUACGAGGACGGCAAGAACUUCGAGGUCAUUGGCAACCCCUUUCAAGUUAAGGGAGUUUUGGCAAACGCGGCGGCCUCAGCUGCGCCUGCGAAGGAUCUAUUUCAGCUUUGUUUUGCCUUCGGAAAUGCCGCUUCAUGCUUCGCGGGGAUGUCAGGUGGAUGACUUGAAGAAGGCCUCGCGCUUGAAAGGGCUCAAGCCGAAUUUCGCUCAUCCUGUCUUGCGAGCUGUUUGCAGAAGGGCGAUGACAAAGAUGGAGGGUUUGAGUGAUUUCCACACUGAGCGUUGCUUGAGGCCAUCAAGCAGGAGAACCCAAAUACUGUAUCCUGCGAUGCCUAUCAAAUGGACAUUUGCCGCCGAGAGGAGAGCUUUGCAUGUCAAAGCGCACCCCCAUUUGUUCCAUCCCCCACACCUCACCCCCUUGCCGUCUCUCAGCUGGACUUUGCAGGACGGCGGCUGGUUUAAAGAAGAUGAAGAAUCAGUAGUCGACCGUGGCGAAUCCAAGCCGAGCGCUUGGUUCCGAUGCCUUGUAAUUUUGGGUUGUGCUGUCGCCCAGCUGUCAGGGCAGACUGCUAUGGAUUCACGAUUCCAGCUGGAGCUGCUGGAGCCGCAUAGUUUGAGGCACCUCAGCAACCCAGCAGUGUUCCACACGUGCGAACUUGCAUCGUUGCCAGGCUACUGCUGGCUGUGGUCACUGUUCUCGGCUGAGGCAAUGCUGGCGCACAACGUUUCACCUCGUACAGUGAC